AAAGCGAUAAAGACUUUUCAUUUCGAUUAUAAUACAAUCCCUGCACGAAAUCGGUUUUUCUUCAUCUUCCCAGAUUUCUCUCGCGAUCUCUCUUCGAGGAAGCUUUGAUUUGAUCAUAAUCGGUCGACUCUGUGAAGAUUAUUCUUAUUGUUUGCUAGGGUUUAACACUGAUCGGAUUCUGGGAUUUGGAGAGUUGAGUUUGUGAUCGGAGAUUUUCACGAGGUCAUGGAUUGGGGAAAUGUGACGGUUGAGGAUCUCGUCGAUGCUCUCCGAGAGGUUGACUGGUCGUCUCCGCCGCGUCCGCUCUCUGAGUUCUUCUCUAGGUUCACCGUUCCUAAAUCUCUCGCGAAAUGGGAUAGCCGCCUCAAGUGCAAUCUCUACUACUACCGUACAAACUAUUUCAUCAUGAUCGUCUUUAUACUUGGAUUGGGAUUUCUGACAAGGCCUCUCGCGAUUCUCUCUUCCCUUUUGACAGCACUAAGUGUGGCAUUUCUAAAUGACAGCUUUGCAGGUUCCUUUAGUGAGAAGGCGACACGAACCAUCAGAAGAUUCUCUCCACCGUUAGCUGCUAAAAUGAGACCUCCAUUGACACCUGUCAUUCGUGGACGACCAUCAGCAAAGAGAGCAAUCUAUAUAUGUGGUCAACCUCGUUGGGUCUUCGUCUUGAUAUUCUCACUUGUGAGUUUUGCCCUUUGGUAUAUUUCCUGUGGUUUGUUCACCGUCUCUUUGGCACUACUCAUUGGACUUCUUGCUACAGUUCUUCAUGCAAGCUUAAGAACACCAAAUUUGAAGGCACGUCUUAAUACAUUCAGGGAGGAAUUUCGAGCAGUGUGGCGUAACUACAGUGAGAUUUAGAGUAAUCUUGUGGUUUUGUCCCGGGAACCUAACGCGGUGAAGAUCAACCUUACAGCAUUUCUUGAAGAUAGAACCAGUCUCUGUUCUCUGGUUUUUGGCUCUGGAUUGGUCCUCCAUGACUCGGUUUAUCUGUUUCUUGAUCUGGUUUUGCUUUUUGUAGCAAAGUCGUCUUUUUUCUUUGUUAGAAAGACUUGUAAAGCCAGCUUUUUUGCUGUUCUUGUUUUUCCGAACAUCUUUAUGAAUUAUGAUGCAUUACUGUACAAAUCCUAGAGUCGUUAACUUUACAGGUUGUAUUUUUAUUUUUCUUUCCUUAGAAUUCGAGUUCUAGAUGAGUUGAAUGGAAUCUAAACAAUAGCUAAAAUGUAAUCUAAAUA